GUAGUGACCCUCACGGCACAACACGGAAAUGAGAAUUUCAAAACACUAAUCCGGCAGAGUCUUCAUUAAUCGUGUGGAUUUAGAGCUGUUUAUAGUGAAAAUGACGUUAGAUUGCGGUCAGUGAGAAAUCAGGCAGCAAGCUGGACAGCUGACAGUGUUUGUGUUGUCUUGUGAGUGUAGAAGUGAUAUUGAUGACAGGUAUUAAUCUUCAUCAUGAAGCUGAGCUCAUCGGUAUUUGCUUUAUUGUGUCUCAUAUGUGAGAUUGUGUCAAUCGCUCUUUUCCUGAGAGGAUUCUUCCCUGUUCCUGUCAAAUCAUCCUUUUCAGCCAAGAGCAAACUGAGUGACUUUCCUGCAGAGCCACAGACAGGAAGUGCCCUAAACUCCUCCAGAGUCCCUGCACCUCUGUUCAGGCGUGUGGUGAUCGUCCUGAUCGAUGCUCUCAGACAGGACUUUGUGUUCGGCUCUGAUGGCCGCAGGUUCAUGCCCUACACCAGACAUGUGCUGGAGAGAGGCUCUUCUCACAGCUUCAUAGCCAAAGCCAGACCUCCCACCGUCACCAUGCCCAGAAUCAAGGCUCUGACCACCGGCAGCAUCCCGGGUUUCAUAGAUGUGGUGAUGAACCUGAACUCUCCGGCUCUGCUGGAGGAUAACCUCAUCUGGCAGGCCAAGAGCGCCGGCAAACGAAUCAUCUUCUACGGCGACGACACUUGGGUUCGACUCUUCCCCAAACACUUUAUGGAGCACGACGGCACUACCUCGUUUUUUGUGUCCGACUACACAGAGGUGGACAAUAACGUGACCCGUCAUCUGGACAGCACUCUGAAGCGGGAUGACUGGGAUAUUCUGAUUCUGCAUUAUCUGGGUCUGGAUCACAUCGGGCACAUCAGCGGACCCCACAGCUCUCUGAUAGGACCCAAACUCAUGGAGAUGGACGACGUCAUCAAGAAGAUUCACACCUCGCUCAUAUCAAAGGAAUCUGAAGGGACGCUGCCCAACUUGCUGGUUCUGUGUGGAGAUCACGGCAUGUCUGAAACCGGCAGUCACGGCGGAUCGUCUGAACCGGAAAUCAACACGCCGCUCCUGCUCAUUAGCCCCGCCUUCAGGAGGAAAGCGGGAUUGGAGGAGCCGGACGUCCUGGAGCAGGUGGAUCUGACCCCCACCCUCGCCCUGGCUCUGGGGUUACCCAUCUCCCAGAACAGCGUGGGCCAUUUGAUUCCGGCCGUGUUUGAGGAGUUAUCGCUCCGAGAGCAGCUCCGCCUCCUCCAGCUCAACGGACACCAGCUCAGCCGGCUCCUGCAGGACAGCAAUCCCACCUUCCACAAGGAGGACGGUUAUGAGCUGUUACGUGUGGCGGAGAAGUCUCACGGAAGCUGGAUGAAGCUCUAUGUGGAUGGAAACACGUCGGAGGUUCUGAGCAACAUGGGCAAGAAGGUUCUGAAACAGUAUCUGGAGGCCCUGAAGGCCAUGAGUUCAGCUCUGAGCAAACAGCUGGGCAAAUACGACAUGUACUCCAUGAUCAUGGGCAUGAUCUUCAUGCUGCAGGUGCUGUUCUUGCUCUUGUUGGCCAUGCCGGAAGCGUUGAGCAGGGAGGCGGUUGUGGACGUCCCGCUGGCGUCGUCUCUGCUCUCUCUGCCCUUCUACCUGCUGUGUCUGUUCGGCUCCGCCCUUCACGUGCUGAUCUGCACCUCCGCCGGCGGGCCCUGCUACCUCUGCUCUCUCCCCUGGGUCCUGGUGUUUGCCGUCAUCCUCUUCUCCUCAGCCUUCAUGUGUGCUCUGGUUACAAUGGCCGCGAGGAGGAUUCCCACCAACAACAAGACCCCUACUAAGAGUUCUGCCUGGACUCUGUCAGAGUUGGACACUCUGUUGCUGAUCGGUACAGUGGGUCACACGCUCAGUUUGGGUUCCAGCAGCUUCAUAGAGGAGGAACACCAGACCUGGUACUUCCUGCUCAACACGCUGUGUCUGGCCGUCUUCCAGGAUGUGUGCAGGAAGUACUUCAGGGAACAGAGGCACAGAGGUGACGAAGAGGACGAGGGACCUCUGCUCCCCUCCAAUGCAGAAGAACGGUCGACUUUCUCCCCAGUGGCAGAGCUGGGAAUAAGUGCAGGUUCGGAGAAGUGGCUGGCCCUGGCGACCCCGCUGCUGACCCUGGCCUGCUGUCGCCUGCUGAGGUCACUGAACCAGACCGGAGUGCAGUGGGCGCACCUGCCUGACUUUGGACACUGGCUCAACAGUGGGGAUCAUAAGGCGUUCCUCUCCGUGUUGGCGGUGUUGUCUCUGGUUCUGAUCUUCCUCCUGGUUCAGCGUCACUGCUCGCUGGUGUCUAAGAUCGCCCUGGCGCUCGGCCUGCUCGGAGUUUACAGCUAUCGCGCCGCUGUCGGAAACGUCCUGUUCCCAUGGCAACACAGCAGCCGUGCCGUCUCCAAAGGAACCGUCGAGGCACGGUUUGUCUACGUUUUCGUCCUCGGCAUCCUGUUCACCGGCGUGAAGGACCUGUUGCGCUCGCAGGUGAUGUCGUCAGCGGCGGACAGUGGGCGUCUGAAGAGCAGAGGAUUGUGGGAAGUGUACAGCGGGGUGGUGUUAUUGGUGGCUCUGCUCUUCAGGGCUCAUAAUCUGCCCACGCUGGCCUGCUGUCUGCUCAUCCAGACCGUCAUGGCUCAGUUCAUCUGGAAGAAGCUGCACUACGACGCCGCCCAGACCACCAUCAUGCACUACUGGUUCGGCCAGGCCUUCUUCUUCUUCCAGGGAAACUCUAAUAACAUCGGGACGGUGGACAUCUCUGUGGGUUUCGUGGGUUUGGAGAGUUAUGUAGAAGCACCGGCUGUUUUCCUGACGGCGCUGAGCACUUACACUGGACCACUGCUCUGGGCCUGUCACCUGCUGUGUCACCUGAGCUCAGAGAGAGACAGGGCUGUAAUGGGUCUCGGUCAUGGCAGCUACUGCUUCGCGCUCCUGCGGUCCAUCCCAGUUGUGUUCUACGUGGUUCUGGUCACCAGUCUCCGAUACCACCUCUUCAUCUGGAGCGUGUUUUCUCCCAAACUCUUGUACGAAGCCAUGCACACCCUCGUCACCACCGCCGUGUGUCUGUUUUUCACUUUUAUGGAUCAGGAACGCUCGGCUAGGCCUUGAAUACAAAGCCAGAUCCAGAACCAAAGCCAAACUCAGGUACAGAACAAAUGGUGCAGUUGGAGUUUUAGGCACCAAAAGAAGAAAUUAGUUCGUGUGGAAGGAAAUUCUACUGCUGUGAAAGAGGUCGACGUUGAGAAUUCAGAGCUCACAUGGAGAUUUGGCUUGCUCUACUGACUUAUUUCUGUGCAUGUGAUUAAAUUAUUAUUUUUUUAAUAUUUUUUGGGAGGUCAUCGAUAACGUGCAGAUAACGUACGGCGAGACUUGUGGGUGUACAUAUGAUAAUCCCUCUUAUUCUCUAUGCAGUUUUCUUCCUAAAGCUUUACCGAUAAAGGAGAGUGUAAUUCUUUUUGUAUUUUGCCAUUUCUGCUCCUGACCGUUGCUUCACCUCUGGAAUUAUACGAGAUAAGAUGCAUCAUUAAUAACUCUCCUCGCUGAGAUCACAGCAGAUGUAAACUCCUCACGCACUUGAAAGCUUUAAGGGAUCUUAAAAGUCUUUUAAAUCAUAUCUAAACACAGCUGCGUGUGACGUUUCAUUUUAAUCCGUCUGUUGGGAAUGUGAAUUGUAAACUGAUUUAUCUUGGUAAGUGUUUUUUCUUUAUCUCAGCUCUUAGAUCUGGUUAAUAAUAAAACAAGCCCUUUUUGAUUGCGAGUAAUUCAUUUCUACAUGCUUUUUAAUGUGUUUUGCCUCUCUGUUACACUGUUAAAAGUUUGUCUUCGGUUAGAGGGUCUGAUUUGUUUUGAUACAUCUGCUGUGUACAAGUUUUAAACUUAUAGUAAAUGUCACUUUGAACGUGAGAAGACAUUUUGCCUGUCGCUUGGUUUCUAUCUUCAUCAGCUCCGCCCACAGAGAAAUCUCAUUGGUUGAAAUAAGCUCAGCAUAGCUAAACAGAUUCUCUGAUUGGCUGUGAUUUUGUUGCAUCGAGCACUUUUUGAGUUAAGAACAUGUUCAAUUUUUAUUUAAAAAAUUCUGCCACCAAAUUAAUUUGAAAUGUUUUGUUUCCAUUAAUGGUUAUGGACGUCUCUUUUCUUCUGUUGGUGAAUCUUUGCUAUUGCCAUUUUCUGAUUAUUUUCAAUUUUGAAAACAAUUGUGCUGCUUCAUAAUUUUAAAUUUAUCUUUGAUGAAUAGAAAGUUUAUUUGAGAAAUAUAUGUUUUGUAACAGUAUAAAUGUUUUUAGUGUCACUUUGGAUCAAUGUAAUGCAUUCUUGCUGAAAAAAAAUCGGUAACACUUUAGUUUAGGGUCCAAUUCUCACUAUUAUUAACUAGUUGUUUAUUAGCAUGUAUAUUACUAGGAUAUUGGUUGUUUAUUAGUACUUAUAAAGCACAUAUUAAUGUCUUAUUCUGCAUGAUCAUAUUCUACAUCCCAUAAUCCUACCCAAUACCUAAACGUAACAACUACCUUACUAACUAUUAAUAAAGAGUAAUUAGGAGUUUAUUGAGGCAAAAGUCAUAGUUAAUAGUGAGAAUUGGAUGCUAAUCUAAAGUGUGACCAAACUUUUGUAUAAUAUAGUGUAAAGGUUAGACCAUCUGUUACAGCAUCUUUACCUUGUUCACGACAAUCAGUGCAAGUUUGUAUUAAUGUCACAGAAUAUUUAAUCAAGUAUUUCAAAAUAUAUUUUCCCAGCCGCUUCAAAUGGGUUUCUUUGAGACAUUUUGCUGUGAAGAUACCAUUAGACUUUAGAAUAAUUGUGAAGCAUAUUAUUUGUGUUACUAUUAUGUUGACAUCUGAAAUGUUAUUAAUCUUCAGGAUGCUGAGGCAGGAUGUAAUCCAGGUAUUGUCCAUUCUUCCUCAAAAUUAGUAAAAGAAUUCAUUAAUGAUUCCCAUUCCUUACAGAUACUGUUACUAAGUGAAGGCAUCUCAGAUGUCUGCUUCCUCCCAGCGGUGCAGUUUUCACACUCUGCUUUGACCUUUUUAUUGGCUGUAGAAGGUGAUUUUGUGACCUAAUGCCUUUUUAAACUGUGAACAUCCUCCAGGGAGAGAGAGGAGAGCGUAGAGUCUAUCCCACUGGAACGAACGCAGUCUGGAGCUUCAGAUUGACCUCUGGGAUUCAGCUCUGAUCACACUCUCAGUGGAUCUUUCUAUAUAGAGUUCUUGACAACCUUCAUGCCAAACAGGUUCAAUAAAUGUCUUAAAUGAUUGCAUAAUCCGUUCAUAUUUAAUGGAUUAUUUAAAUUUUUUCUGAGUGGUAAUGUAUGUUUAUAAGCUUCUUAAUUCAUAAAUCUAAUCAACAUGAUGGAACCCCUAUAAGGUUCUAUAUAUGAAGCCCUUAAAGAACCAUUAAAAGUUCCAUAUAGAAUGUUUUCUCCUCAGAGUGUGAUUUACAGUCUGAGCUCAUGCAGUGCACUAAUAUUGUACCUUUCCAAGGGUAAAAACGCUCAAUAUUUGACAUUUGAUUGAUCACCCUUCUUGUUAUAUGAGGGAUAAUGUUCAGUCAGCCGGUCAUUAUCACAAAUGAAAUCCCGACAGGUCUUGCAUCAUCCUGAAGGGGGUUAUUUUUCCAUAAUGACUGGAUGACUGCAUUAUUGCAUGGCUGCUUACCAAAUAAAUAAAUAAAUCUACAUAUUAAUUGAUUUCAAAUUAUUUAGAUUAGUGUCAUUAUAUAAAAAAAGUUUGGUCAAUCAGUAUUAUACAAUCAAUCAGAACUGAGUAUUCCAGAAAUCUGUGUAAUAAUUACUGCUGUGAGAUUUUCUGUGGUUAUUAAAUGUUUUGAGGUUUA